AUGUCGAAAUCGCCAUGGGGGAAAAUCGGCAAUUGGGCCGCCGAAGCCGAGCGCGCGGAGGCCGAGGAGCGUGAAGCCGCGGAGAAAGCCGCCGCCUCCGCGCCGCCGACGACCUUCCCCAGCCUGAAGGAGUCUGUGACGACGGCGAAGCAGAAGAAGAAGACCAAGAUGAGCCUGCAGGAGUUCACGAUGAAGCAGUCCACCCGCUCCGCCCCGGCCUCGAGCCGCGGCCUGACGCCGGAGGAAAUGCUCCGCCUCCCCACCGGCCCCAAAGAGCGUUCCCUCGAUGAAAUGCAGCACGGCCGAUUGGGCGGCGGGUUCAGUAAUUACGGGCCUCGACCCGGAUACGGAGGCCCGAACACAGGUCGUCCCCGCGAGUACGAUGGCCGGAGGUCGUACGGAUUUGAGGACGACAAUCGGAGGGGACCCCCUCCGGAAUCUAGGGUUUCGGAUUUGAAUCAGCCUUCGCGAGCUGACGAGGUUGACAAUUGGGCUUCGAUGAAGAAGCAAACCCUACCUGAUUACAAUUCGCGCCAGGAUAGGCACGGUGGGAGCUACAGCUCGCUCGGCGGAGGCGGGGGCCCUGGCGCCGGAUCGCGGGCCGACGAAGUAGACAACUGGGCCUCUGUCAAGAAGCAUUUCCCGCAAGCACAGCAGGCUAGAUCUUCGGGCUUCGGGUCGGGAUUCCCCAGGUCUGAGACGGAUCGGUGGACGCGUAAUGAGCAGAGAUCGGCUGUCGACACUCCAAAGACGGAAAUUGAUGUGGGCCCCAAAGUUGACAAGCCAAAUCCAUUUGGGAUGGCCCGGCCCAGGGAGGAGGUCUUGGCUGAGAAAGGGUUGGAUUGGAAAAAGUUGGAUUUGGAGAUCGAAGGUAAGAAGCAGUCUUCGGUCAGUGGUGGGAGCCGGCCCACGAGCUCGCACUCGAGCAGGCCUGGGAGCCAACAGUCGAGCAGGUCAGACUUGCCUGUGGCUUUGGGGGGUGAAGGGGUUGUCAAGGAAAAACCAAAAGUGAAUCCUUUUGGAAAUGCUAAACCUAGAGAAGUCUUGCUUGAGGAAAAGGGUUUGGAUUGGAAAAAACUCGAUCUUGAGCUGGAACAUAGACGGGUCGAAAGGCCUGAGACAGAGGAAGAAAAGAAUCUCAGGGAAGAAAUCGAACACUUGAAAACCGAGCUGCUAAAAGAAACCGUUGAAGACCAAACCACCACACUCAAUCUGAUACAUCAAAAGGAAAAUGAUUUGGAACUGCUCGUCCGCCAGCUGGACAACAAAGUCCGUUACAGUCAAAAAAUAUUUGAAAGGAAAAGCUCUGGCCCUUUCACGGGUUCGGGCUUUAACAACCGACCUCCUUCUCGACCAGGAUCACAAGACGAGCAGCGUAGAUUUGGCUCUCUUGACCGGCCUCCAUCGGGGCAUGGAAAAUUUGAAGAACCCAAUAGACCACCGUCCGAGCCCGGUUUGUAUGAGAAUUUUAGAGAGAGACCUCCUUCGAGACAGGGAGCUUAUGAAGAACCUAGGUUCGGGUUUGCCGAUAGGCCCCGUUCGAGGCAUGGAGGAGGGUAUGAGGACCCCAGAGUUUUGGAGUACAAUGAGAGGUCACGAUCACGUGGGACUGGGAAUUCAUGGUCGAGACCGAGUGAUGAGAGAAUGUCGUUUGGAGGGAGAGGAUUCACCGGUGGCCGAGAGACUCAUAGGUCAGGGUCAAGGUGGUAA